AUGGCAGUCCCUCACAACACUGUGCCCAAACGAACCACCAACAUGGCAGUGAAAGACGGAGAUCACUUCGACUUCGUCGUUGUCGGCGGUGGAACUGCCGGUAACUGCGUCGCCGGUCGUCUGGCCGAAAACCCCAAGGCCCGCAUCUUGGUCAUUGAAGCCGGUGUUGGCAAUCCGGAAGACUGUCCCGAGAUCACCACGCCCUCUAAUGCCAUGAACCUGCGAAACAGCGUUCACGACUGGUCUUACAAGAGUACCCUGGUGAAGCGUGAUGAUUACGAGCGCAUCGAAAAGCCCAAUACGCGAGGCAAGGCCCUAGGUGGAAGCUCGUCGUUAAACUACUUCACUUGGGUUCCCGGCUGCAAGGGGACAUUUGAUCGGUGGGCCGAAUUUGGCGGCAAAGAAUGGAGCUGGGAUCAUCUUGUUCAUUACUUGCGCAAGAGCGCCACGUAUCACGAUGAUCCGAAGCUGUACCUCCCGGAGCUCAAGAAGAUUGGUGGAGGAGGGCCCAUCCCCAUCUCUCAUGCUGAGCUUAUUGACGAGAUGGAUCAUUUCCGCGAUAACAUUCAGAAAGCUUGGGUUUCUCACGGACAGCCAAUUACGGAAAACGUAUACGAUGGCGAGAUGAACGGCCUUUGUCACUGUGUCGAUUCGAUCUACAAGGGGGUGCGGUCUGGGAGCUGGCUCUUCUUGAAGGACAAGCCUAACAUCACAGUUUUGGCCGGAACGCAUGCCAAAAAGCUGCUCAUCAACUAUGCUGAUCGAACUUGCCGUGGUGUGCGAGUCAUGACGCCCGAUCACAAGGACAUCAAUGUCUUUGCUGACCGCGAGGUUAUCCUUUCCGAGGGCGUCUUUGAGAGCCCCAAGCUCUUGAUGCUCAGUGGCAUUGGUCCUGAACGCGAGCUUGCAAAAUUCAACAUUGAUGUGAUUGUUGAUUCGCGCCACGUCGGUCAGAAUCUCAUCGACCAUCCAGGCGUGCCGUUUGUGGUGCGCGUCAAGGACGGUUACGGCAUGGAUACAGCUAUCCUUCGCAAGAACGCUGAAAGUGAGAAGAUGCACGCCCAGUAUAAAAAGGACCGUUCGGGCCCUAUGGGGUCCGGAUUCCUGGAAAUGGUGGCGUUCCCUCGAAUCGAUGAGUAUCUGCAGAAGGAUGAGACGUAUCGCAAGGCCAAGGAGGCCAACGGGGGAGUUGACCCCUUCUCGCCGGAGGGCCAGCCGCACUUUGAGCUCGAUUUUGUGUGUCUCUGGGGCAGCGCGUUCCAGUGGCAUUUCCCGUUCCCGCCGGAGGGAGACCACACCACCGUUGUGGUGGACUUGGUCCGUCCGAUUUCGGAUCCCGGUGAGGUGACGCUGAGGAGCGCGGACGCGCUUGAGCAACCCGACAUCAACCUCAACUUCUUCGCCAAUGAUCUGGACAUUAUCGCGAUGAGAGAGGGGAUUCGGUUUAGUUAUGAUGUGCUGACCAAGGGUGAGGGCUUCAAGGACGUCUUUGUGGCUGAAUCGCCGUGGUUGAUGCCUCUGGACUCAGAGGAGGAGAUGAAGCGCGCCGUCUUGGAUCGCUGUCAAACCGCCUUCCAUCCGACUGGAACUGCGCGGCUGAGCAAGAGUAUCGAUCAGGGGGUCGUUGAUCCUUCGCUCAAAGUUCAUGGGGUUAAGAAUCUCCGUGUCAUUGACGCCUCUGUCAUACCGGUGAUUCCAGACUGCCGUAUCCAGAAUUCGGUGUACAUGGUGGCUGAAAAGGGAGCAGACAUGAUUAAAGCUGCCCACAAGGACAUUUACGCGACAGCUUGA